AUGGUUUAUGGGGGGCGGACAGGAGUUCCGCUCAUUUUAGGACUCUUUGUUGGGGUGAUUUUUUCACUUUCUAUGUUCCCAUAUGACGAACUUGUAUCGUUACCCAGUUGUCCGAUACCUGAGUCAUCGAUGUCAGAUGAUGAGGAUUCUACCGAACACUGGAAGGUUGUAGUCAAAAAGGUUUCGAAACCGCCUAACACUCAGAGCCAAGUGACAAAGGUUGCUCGGGCACGAUUUGCAGCUACUGAAUUAGGAAUACGCGAAAAGCUAGUUGUAAUUAUGUUGAGUCAGUCUUCGCUGAGUGUUGCACUCAAUAACUCUAUCGGUCUUCAUGUACCUCGUUUACACCUUUUUGCUGAUUCGUCGCGCUUAGAUGCCGAACUAGCCUCCUUGCCUAAUUUAACACCAUAUCGAGCGAACGGACAACAUGCUCAUGUUGCUAUAUUAAAUAGCAUCUUUAAUUUGACUUUGCACGAAAAUUAUGACUGGUUUUUCUUGAUGCCAGACACAACUUACGUCAAUCCGUUCGAGCUUAUGCGAUUUGUAAAUCAUGUUAAUUGGAACAGAAGGGUAGCAAUUGGCAAACAAGCGAAAUCCCCAAAUGAAAAUAAAUGCUUAUUUCAAGCUGGCAUAUUACUUUCAAAUCCAGCAAUGCAGUUUCUGAUACAACAAAGGCACCUUUGCAACUCUAUAAUUACAAACUCUGAUCAAGGAGCGUUUGAAAUGUGCAUUCAUCACGCAACUAAUCUAUCCUGCAUCACCAGUUACCAGGGACGCGAUUAUAACUGGUGGAAAGUUGAUGAAAUGUCAAGUGCUAGUGGGGCUGAUGGUAGUGUAGCAAUUCACGAUACGGUCACUUUAUGGUCAAAAUCUGAGGAGUUCAAUAAAUCAUUGAGUGUUUCUCCUUUACUCUCAGAAGCUGAUGCGCAUGCACUGCAUGAACAUUUCGUUCGUGUUGAACUCAGUAAAAUAGACGAGCAGAUAUUGGGGCUAGUAGAAGAAAUCGGGGCGAUGGGAGACGAAAUAGCUGAUGGCCCAACAUGGCCUGUUGGCAUCGCUCCGUAUUCUAAGCCUCCUAACAGAUAUCAGGUGUUGAAAUGGCAAUACUUUACUGAGGAUAAAAUUUUUGAAAAUGAACCUAACCAAAAUGUGUAUGAUUUGGAGGGUGACGACAAGGAAGAUGUUGAGGAGGUGCUUCGGGCUGCUAAAACAUUUGCUGAAAGUUAUGGAGGUCCAGCUUGUGGUAUGACAUUCAUUGAAAUGCGUAAUGGUUAUCGGGCUUUUGAUCCAAUGAGGGGGAUGGAUUACAUGAUUGAUCUAAAAUACAGAAAUUCAGAUGAUGAAGUUUUAUUUCAUCGAAUUCAUUUGAAUCGGCCGAUUGUUCAUACUCAACUUAUGCACCAGGUUCCUUACGUAAAAGAGGAUACAGAUUUAACGAUUGUAGUUCCUGUUGGGUCUAUGGCUGAAGUCACCCCCGCAAGGCGUCUGUUGGCGAGACAUGCCCGUCUCUGUCAAACUUACGCAGGUGAUCCACGGCAGACAAGGGUGGUUGUAGCUGUGCGGUCGAUCACUGCAGUCGCAUCUCGACUUAUUAACAAUGACCUCGUUGAGCUGAAAAACAGAUGCAAAGCGUCACGAACUGAGACAAUGCUUCUAGCUUUGAAGCCAACCAGCCACCAAGUGCUUUCGGCAGCUGCUUUGGAUGAAGCUGUAGAUCACUUUGGCCAAAACAUGAUAUAUCUUUUACUGUCCCCUCAUGCAGACAUUCAGAGGGAAUUUUUGGAUCGAGUCCGGAUAAAUACAAUAAAGCAUUUUCAAGUUUUCUUUCCUUUACCUUUUUUGGAAUAUCAUUUUCAAAUUGUCAAUGCGAGCGAGGUUUUGCAAGCUAAAGCAGGCUCAAAGUCAACGUCAAAAAGUGAAAUAAAGAGUGCAGAGGAAAUUCGUCUUGGUCUUAAAACGUUUAUGAAACACCAAAAUGCAGUGAGCAGAGGGAACAAGCUAUUGGUUGUACACAAGGAUCAGGGACAUUUUGAUCCCACAGAUUUCUCUGUAUGCUCACUAUAUGGCGCUGAUUUUAUUCGAGUUCGAUCACGCUUGAAGGAAGAUAAACUGCUCUUAGAUUUGUCCUCUCUUUUUCUUGGUCAGUCGGAAGUUCAUCUGAUGCGGGCAGUGGAGCCUGCGUUGAGGUUACGUUAUCAUGACCAUAUCUGUAGUUCGCAUCUUGUUCCUGCUGAUUAUGAGCGCUGCCUGUUAAGUAAAGUUGAAGGACUAGCUACAAAGCCACAGCUUGCAAGUUUACUCCUGCACGAUGGUUUUGAAGACUCGACUAUUUAA